UUUGGUACUGAGUAGUGGUUUAUAUACUGCAUGUGCGAUGACAGUGAUACGAUUUAUUGUAGGCACUUUCUCAAGGACUUGGCGAUCCAGCUGUGUCUCUGAGCCUGUCCAGAUCUUCAGACAGUGGACUUGUGGUUCACGUUCUUCCAUUGCAGGAAAUAAUAACAAUAAUAAUAAUAACAACAACAACAACAACAACAAAAAACAGAUGAGGCUGAUGGAGGAGGUGCUGCUGAGGACUGUGGCUCCAUUACCUAAUUAUGAGAUGAGAGAGAAAUCUCCUCCACCUCCUGACUCCAACAGCCUGGACUUCAUGCACUUCUACAGAAACCUGGGCAAGGAGCAGAGACUUGUGUUACUGGAGAUCCUGUCCAGAGAAUAUGGAGUGGACCACAGAGGAGCUUCAGAGAUGGCUCGGAAACUGGUGGAUACACAGUUAAGGGACCUGGCUACUAUAUUACAGGCCGAAGACAGACUGCGUUACAGUUUAACCCCAAGAUACAGACAUUUACUGAAGCACAUCAGCAGGGUGGAAGGAGGGGUGAAGUUCCUGGUGGAUCUCCGAGCUGAUCUUCUUGAGUUUACCUCUAAAGUGACUGACAGUCCGCACUUGAGGGAUCUUAACAGUACUUUGAAGAGCCUCCUGUCUGAGUGGUUCUCUGUUGGCCUUCUCCGAUUAGAGAGAAUCACGUGGCAGUCCCCUUGUGAGCUCCUUCAGAAGAUCAGCCAGUAUGAAGCGGUGCACCCGGUGCGUAACUGGACAGACAUAAAGCGCAGAGUUGGGCCUUACAGACGCUGCUACUCGUUCACACACGCCUCCAUGCCUGGAGAACCUCUGGUCGUGUUACAUGUAGCCCUCACUCAGGACAUAUCAGAUAACAUCCAGAGUAUUGUGAGAGAGUUCACCACAUUGGAAGCAGUAGAGCAAGUGGAGAAGAUUAACACUGCCAUCUUCUACUCCAUCUCCUCCACCCAGGCUGGUCUGCAGGGGGUGGAGCUCGGCAAUUACCUCAUCAAGAGGGUGGUGCGAGAGCUGCAGAGUGAAUUUCCUCACAUGGCUCAGUUCUCCAGCCUGUCUCCUAUCCCUGGCUUUACAUCAUGGCUGCAGGGUUUCCUGGCUCAGUACAGGAAGGAGGGCCGUGUCACAGAGCUGUUCUCUGAGCACGAGUGGUUGGAAUUGGAGGAAGCAACAGAAGCAGAUUCCGGUGCUGCUGCCCUCGAUGCCUUGCGUUCCCUCCUAGCUUCUGGAGACUGGCAUCACUCUGACCGCUUGGCACGCGCGCUUGAGCCAGUCCUGAUGCGUCUGUGUGCUUGGUAUCUGUAUGGAGAGAAGCGACGUGGUUAUGCCCUCAACCCCGUCGCCAACUUCCACCUCCAGAACGGCGCCACCCUCUGGAGGCUCAACUGGCACGCCGACACUAGCCCUCGAGGCAUCGCUAACUCGUGCGGCAUCAUGGUCAACUAUCGUUACUUCCUGCAGGAGACUGGAAUCAACAGCAGAGCCUAUUUACACAACAAAGUCAUCACAGCCUCGGAACAAGUCCUUAGCCUUGUCGCACAGUUCCAGAAGAAUAGCAAACUCUGAACAAAUGAAUCAGGUUUUAGGUUUGCAUACUGAAGAAUCAUAUCUGUUUUAAAAAUGUACUUAAAGGGGGGCGUCGUGGCUCAGGUGGAUAAGGCGCCAUACCAUAAAUCCGGGGACCCGGGUUCGAUUCCGACCCGAGGUCAUCUCCCGAUCCCUCCCCGUCUCUCUCUCUCCCGCUCAUUUCCUGUCUCUACACUGUCCUAUCCAAUGAAGGUGAAAAAGCCCCAAAAAAAAUCUUAAAAAAAAAAAAAUGUACUUAAAGGAACAGGUUAUAAUCUCAACGCCUUCUGUAGUUUGGGAGGUCAAAGGCAACUGCAGUUGCAACGCAAAUGGUCCGGGUUCUCCCAUCUGAACUCGCCUACUCUGAUCAGUACUGUGUAUGCUACAUGAGAUGACUUUUAAGAAAGGGGCAGAGCUGAGCAAUUUUGUUCUGGCUCAGGGUCAAGUUAAUUUCCAGACUGAAAAACAAUGUAAAUAGAAAAUUGAAAUGAAGAAAUAUUGCAUGGCAGUGUUGUGAAUCACAUCUCAUCCAGCAAGUAUGGAUAUUCAGACAGUGAAAUAUUGGUAGCAGGGCAAUCAAGCCUCCCAGCAAAGCCUAACAAAGUGUCAGGUGUAAAAGUGCACAUAAACAUAGGAGCAUAUUGUGAGCAACGUUGUUACAUUUCUAACUCUACGACUGGUCUCGCGUGCCAUUGCUUCUUGUUUAAACAUGCCAAAUGAAGACGCUAGUCAGAUGCAUCUAUCAACCAGUGUCUUGCUGUCACUAAAGGAAAACUCCGCUCUAAAACACUCUUGAAAUAUUUGUCAUGUGUAUAACAAUUAUCAUGCUGCAUUUUCAUUAUUCCCAUUGGAACAGAGCGGUUGUCUGUUGCUGUGACAUCACAAGGGGACAUUGAGUGCGGGUUCAAUGGUGUUUAGGAGGAGAAAAAAAAAACAAACACGAACAUUUGAUUUUAUGUCUUAAAAACAAGAGAACAAGCGCUGGUUUUCUCACCGUUUUUCAGUGAUGGUGACUGUCGUAUUAAUGAGAAGUCCAAUGUGGAAGUAGUGGAGACAGCGAACACUGGAUUUAUACAUUCACUGGCUACCUUAAUAGGAACUUGUUCUUGAUUCUGCUGUUGCAUGCCGAGAUGCUUUUCUGCUCAUCACGGUUGUAAAGAGUGAUUAUAUGAGUUGCUAUAUCCUUCCUAGCAGCUUGAACCAAUCUGGUUAUUUUCCUCUGACCUCUCUUAUCAUCAAGACAUUUCCACCCAUAGAACUGUCACUCACUCAAUGAUGAUGUGGGGUUUUUUCUGUUUUUUUUUUGUUUGUUUUUUUUUGCACCAUUCUUUGUAACCUGGAGAGACAGUUGUGUGUGAAAACCGCAGGAGAUCAGCAGUUUCUGAAACACUCAAAUCAGCCCAUCUGGCACCAACACCCAUGCCACAGUGAAAGUCACACUCUGAGAUCACAGUUUUUCCCAUUCUGAUGUUUGAAGUGAACAUUAACUGAAGCACUUAAUUUGUAUCUGCAUGACGUUAUGUAUUGUGCUGCUGUCAAGGGAUUGGCUGAUUUAGAUAAUGGCAUAAAAUGGCAGGUGGAUGGGUGUAGUUCCAGAAUGCUAUGCAGCUAUACGGCAGAGAUACUACUCGGCUAGUUAGAGAUGUACAAGAUGACAAGCACAAUGGCAUUGACGGCAUUAUUAGUAUGAAAGUUGGUGCUUUGGGAACCUUGUGUGUUUGAGUAGAGUGGACAGUGGGAGAGGUUUGAGAGCUGAGCAGACUACAGGACUAAAGUGCUGCCGCAUCACUGUCUUUAGGGAGAGAUUAAUUCCCAUUGAGACGACUAUUACCUCAUAGAUGAACACCACUGUGGGUGAUACAGAAGCUAACAUGUUGAGAAGGAUGGGGAAGCCAGGCCAGAUGAGCUUAUGUGAUCACGUGUCGUCCGUCCACAAUUUACAAAAAUUACUCCUCCUCCUACAAGAUUGAUCGGAUUUCGAUCAAACUCGCAUACAGUGUUCCCCAGAUGGGUGUGCAUAAAAGUUGUCAAGACGGUGGUGCCACCUGUCAUAUUUACGAUUUUAUGGGCGUUUUGAAAUUUUUGGGUGACUCGUCACACCAAACCUGACUGUUUGUAAACUGCUAGAAUGUUUUCACUGAAACUCACCCAGAAGACUCGAAAGACGAUAUUCCAACAAGAAUUGUUCACCGGGUGGUGCCACCUGCCAUGGAUGUGGCUACAGAGGGGUCGCAUGCAAUUUCACGAAAAUUGAUACUCCUCCUACAGGAGUGAUCAGAUUUUGAUCAAUCUCAUAUGGAAUGUUCCACGGGUGGGUGUGCAUAAAAGUUGUCAAGACGGUGGUGCCACCUGUCAUAUUUACAUCCCCAAUUCCAAAAAAGUUGGGACAAAGUACAAAUUGUAAAUAAAAACGGAAUGCAAUAAUUUACAAAUCUCAAAAACUGAUAUUGUAUUCACAAUAGAAC